AUGUCCGAUGGUAAUUCUGCUGACCCGUCUGUCUAUAAUCACCUUGUACACGGAUCUCAAAACUGUCUGGUUCAGCGGUCGACGGGAAAAUCGAUGUUGGUCGGAUGUCAACGACAUGAUGGGUCACCGUAUUUUGCAGCACAGACGAACAACGAAUCGAAAAUGGCCCACAUGAACGGAUUCUGUGCCGGGGUCAAUGGGACCGGGGUGCCAAAAAUGCCAACUCCAUCAGGUUCACCUGUAAACUGUGAUAACAAGUCGAAAAAAGCACGACACAGGACAACAUUCUCAGUACAUCAGCUCUCGGUUCUGGAGGCCGCAUUCGACAACUGUCCAUAUCCGGAUGCUGUUACAAGGGAAGAUAUAGCCAGCAAAUUGGCUCUCAGUGAAUCUAGAGUACAAGUAUGGUUUCAGAACCGUCGCGCCAAAUGGCGUAAACAGGAGUGCGGACAAAUACUGACAAAUCAUACCGUGUCCAGCUACGCCAAUUCGGGCACUUCAACCGGAGCCGACGGGGAAAUGGAUGACCCUACCCAAACCGAAUCCGGAUCCACUUUGCACCCCCGUAAACGGACUUCAUCUAGCCAGGCGAUGGAAAUCUCACCGGGCAUGUAUAGCAUGCCAUUCUCGAUCGGAAAACGGUUUGGAACACACGUGACCGUCAAUGGUGUCUCCCAAAAUUCUACCAACGGAGAUUUUUCACCUCUUUCACUCACAAUAAACAAAUCUAGUUCAUUUGCAUCCCAGUCUAUGCGUGAGUCUGCACCAGGCUUACUCAAUUCUGGAUCCAUGGAAUCGGUUUUCCCCCCGGCAAAGAAAUGUCCGACAGGCAUGCGCAUGAACGGUUCUGACACACAUUCGACCGCUUUCAAAACAUUGUACACCGAUAACGGUCAGCCCGCCACCACGAACGAUCUUCCCUUUUCCGUUUCCUCAUUGACCAAAACCCCUUCGUCAUCGUCAUCAUCCUCAUCCUCAUCUCGAGCAGAAAGGUCAUCCGUAGAAUCCUCCGAUGGAUUCGCAUUACAAACACCUCCUGCCGAUUCAGUUCUGCCGUUUGCAUCGUUCUCCAAUUCUUGUUCUUCCGUAUCCUGCAGUACUGGUAACACUGUCAGCACAAUCACACGAUCAGACACGGACACCCCGUCAGCAUCCUCGGUACCGAUGCAAACGGACAACUUGCCGAGUCCAUUUAAAUCUAAUCCCAAUCACCAAUCACUCCCAUCCGUGAUCCAAGCAUUAUGUGAUUUUUCCGUGAACAAUGGGAUUCCUCCGGGAGCGGUAUCUUUGUUCCUUGACUAUUUGGAAAAUUUGCGUCAACGUAUUUCGUCCAAAGAGGAUAGCCAAGAUCCAAACCAGAUCGGCCAAUCUGAGGAGCAGUCCACGAUGUGGGACACGCUACUUUUCAACUCCCAACAACCAAACAAUCCUGUCACUCAACCAUCAAUUCUUAAUCAGUCCCCACUGUCCAUGACAACCGCGAUGACCACCAUGUCAACAACCAGUGAUUGUACUCUGUCCACCACACCGACAUCAAGCACAGGAGCGACAACAGCAACAACAACAACAACAGCAACAACAACAGCUGUUGCACUCAAUGGAACUCAAACUGACACACCUGAAGUUUGUUCGGCGGAGAUGGCAGCCUAUUAUAUGCAAUUGGGUAAAUUUGUCUCCCAGUACUUGCCCACCCCGUUCACACCAAGCUCACUGGGUACAGUUGGACCCAAAGUUCUACCGGAUCCGGUAAAACAGAGUGAACCGGACAAUCUCAUGCAAUACUACGCCUUAUACGCAUGUGCAGAAGCCGCAGCCUUAUUAUCAGGGUGUUCCUAG